AUGGCACAAGCCGCGAGGCUCAAUCUUCGAAUGCAAAAGGAACUCAAGCUCCUCCUGACUGACCCUCCACCCGGCGCGUCCUUUCCUUUUCUCUCCAGCGACUCCAAUUUCUCAUCUUUGUCAACCAUCGACGCCCGUAAGUUACUUUUCUUUAAAUCAUCCAUCGAAAAUCUCCAAAAUUUUCUGUUGCUCAUUGACCAAAUUUUUAUUGGGGCAGAAAUUGAAGGGCCCGAAGGGAGUGUAUAUGGUAAAGGGAUUUUCAGCAUUAAGAUUCAGAUACCCGAAAGGUACCCAUUUCAGCCUCCAAGUGUGACCUUUGCCACGCCAAUCUAUCACCCCAAUAUCGAUAACGGAGGUCGGAUUUGCCUUGACAUUCUCAAUCUUCCCCCAAAGAUUAGUUGUGCUCCCGCUUGUUCAACUACUUGUGCUGAUAUUUAUCGAAUUUUACCUGUAGCUUGGGCUGACAGUGUGUACUGCCGUGGCUUCCCAUUUUUCAUGGAAAUGGGCAAGAAGUUGGCUUGUAAAGGCGCAUGGCAACCAUCAUUAAACAUUUCAACAGUGCUGACAAGCAUAGGAUUAUUGCUGAGUGAGCCAAACCCUGAUGAUGGCCUAAUGUGUGAAGCAAGCAGAGAAUACAAAUAUAACAGGCAGGUGUUUGACCAAAAAGCACGAGCCAUGACUGAGAAAUAUGCUGGAGCCAAUCUCAGUAGUCUCAGCACUCAAUACAAUCAAAGUGACACAAAUUCAAGUACAAUGAAGGAAGUUAAAGGAUCAGACAAGGAGUCAACACAUGAAAAUAAGGAUUUUGUUUCUAAUAAUGAGAAGACAUGUUCGUUUGGUGGAAAGCUGUCUCUGGAGUCUUCCGGCUUGACUUGCAACAGGGGCUGUGGUGGUGAUGUGAAUGACAUGCAAAAUCAUCACCUGCUGUCUGACUUUGGAAAUCACAUAGAAACAGAAGGUGAGAGGAAAGAUUUGAGAGUUAGACCUGAUGAGGACAAUCUGAAAUAUGAGAAGCCAAGUGGCACUGGGAGAAAGUUAUCUCUUGAUUCCUCUGUUCAAUAUCAUGAGAGAGAUGGUCAAAACACAAAGCAAAACCUAAAGCAAUCACAUUCCUUCUGCAACCCACAAAUUGCUCCUAUGACUUCUUUGGAUUUGCCAGUGCUGAAUGUUGGCAACUGUAAUGAGCAACAACUGUAUCAGCAUGAUGAUAAGAAAUCAAUGUUCAGCACCAAAAGCGCAAACUCAGAAAAGUGUCGUCAGUUUAGCCAUAAGAUGCUGUCUGGAGCUUUGGAUGCAUACCGACCCAAUGAUUGCAUAAAUGAGGAAACGCUUGUAACUCCCGAACUAUUUCCUUCUCAGUCUCAUUCUAAUUCAUCUCCAGAGACCUUGCUGAUGUCCUCAUCCUUUAGACAUAGUGAAAUCCCUUGUAAGGAUUCUGUUAUUGGAAUGGAUAAUAGCACCAUCAGUGCAAAAUGUGAUAAGGCCUGGUCGGUCAGUAAGAAGCUUUCUCUGGGAUUUAAAGGUUCGUCACAUGGACAAGAAAAUGAUGACAAAAAGAAUAUUGUAUCAAUUUAUAAGUCUCCGGAUUCAAAUUCGCAUACUCCAAAGAAGACUGGGAUUAGCCAGAAACUAUCUUUGGGUCCUCUCACUCAAUUGCAGGGAAGCAAUGAGGAUAAUAGUAGGUUGCUUUUGCACUCGCAGAACCUAUUUCCAGAUGCUCUUCAGAAGCAGCAGUCUAACCAACAUCAAAGUAGGACAUCUGACCAGGGGAUUGAGCCCAAGGGGGAGAAUCACUAG